GAAUGGGUGCGGUGGGCGGCGGGGGGGUGUGGAGGGGUCGUGCGGGCGAUCGAUGGGCGGCGCCGGCGGGUGGCGGCAGUCGCGGCCGGCGCGCCGCGCGGGACGAUCGAGCGUGGACCGGAGCAGCUGUACUAUACCGCGUGCAUAUCUAUCGACCGCACCGCCCGGCACCCGCGACUGCGGCCCGCAUCGAUCGCUCGCGAGGAGGUGUAACCAGCAAUGGAGGGCGGCGGCGGUGUGGGUAGCGUGGCGUCGCUCACGAUGGACUGCGAGGACAUGUUCAAGGAGAUCACCAAGAAGCUGUACGGCGAGGAGGCGGUGGGCGUGGGCGUGGGCGUGGGAGUGGGAGUGGGCGUGGGCGUGGGCGGAGUGGUCGGCGUCGAGUUCCCGGCGGCGGAGCGCGACCUCGACGACGACCUGCGACCCGAGGAGCACAUCACCGCCUGGGGACUCGCCGCCCUCAUGCAGAAUGGCUUCCCGCCCCCGGGAAUAUUGCAGGCGAACUUCACGCCGCGCAUAGACACGAGCGCGGAGGACCGCUGGUCGGCGGCGGAGGAGCCGCUGGCGUGGGCGCACUCGCGCGUGGCCGCCUACAACCCCGCGCAGCGCCUCUUCAAGUGCGCCGACUGCGAGUGCGUCGGCUUCCUGGCGCGCAUCGCCGAGCACUGGCUCGGGACGCAUUCGCAGGUUUGUGCUCGUUAUAUGUUGGAACACAGUGCAACUAUAGAUCGAGAUUAUAUGGAUGCUUCCGUGUGCGGGCAGGCUCGCGCAUUCCAGUGCCCGGUGGCGGGCUGCGGGUUCGCGUCGGGGUGGGCGCGCGGGGUGCGGGGCCAUCUCGCGCGCGACCACCACUCCGACCCCGCCGCCGCCGACCACCUGCUGCGGGACAACCCCGCGCUCGACGACCUCACCAGAUAUCUGCAGCGGCUCAAGAACAAGGUGGAGGCUCGCAACGAGAGACGGAACGGCGGGGGCGGGGCGGAGGCGGCGGGGGCGGCGGCGGCGGCGGCGGUUCCGGCGGAGACCAGCGAGGCGGGCAAGCGGUACGCGUGCGCCUCCUGCCCGUACGCGACCGACCGCCGCGACCUCUUCACGCGCCACGAGAACAUCCACCGCGACGAGAAGCCCUUCCACUGCUACCUCUGCCAGAAGCAGUUCAACCGCGCCGACCACGUCAAGAAGCACUUCCUCCGCAUGCACCGCGACCAGCCCUACGAUCUGAACCGCAUCAGGAGGUCGCCCGCGAAGCCCCCCCCGCCGGCGCCGGCGCCCGCCCUGCACUACUACAGCAAGCCGCCGGCGGAGCCCCCGCCCCCCACGCUGGAGUACCGCGCGCCCCCCACGCUCGCCCCCGCCCCCGCGCCCGCGCCCGCCCCCGCGCUGGCGCCCGGCGGCGUCAAGCUGGAGCGGCCGCCGCUCACCAAGGCGGAGACGGCGCCGCCGCCGCAGCCCCCCCACAAGCCGACGACGCCGCACCAGACCCCCGCCCAAGCGCCGGUUCGACGAAAGGGCGAGCGGCGCUACGCGUGCUGCUACUGCACGUGGUCGGGCGUGGACAACUGGUGCCUCAAGCGGCACCUGAACACGCACCUGAAGCCGUUCGCGUGCGCGCUCUGCGAGUACAAGGCGGCGCGCGCGGAGCGGCUCGCCACGCACGUGCACAAGGUCCACAACAAGAAGGCCUGCGCCAAGUGCCCCUUCCUGGCCGACGACCAGGCGCAGCUGGCUCACCAUCUGCGCGACGCACAUCACAUCGAGAGUCGCAACCUGAAGGUGCCCACUGGGGUGACGCGCAUCUCCGGCGGCUCCUUCGCGGCCGGCGCGAGCAGCGACGGGGGCGCCGGCGGAGCGGGGGCGGCGGGCGCGGCGGGGGCGGGCGCGGGCGCGGGGGCCGAGCAGAGCGCGGGGGCGGGCGCGGGGCGGAGGCGCGAGGGGCGCGCGGCGGGGGCGGCGCGGCUGUUCGGGUACCUGGAGGCGUCGGACGGCUCCGGGGACGAGUACGAGGGCGCGCUGGGGGGCGAGUUCGCUCCGCAGGCGGCCGCGGGCCCCGCCCCGCAGCACUACCGCGACAAGGAGAACGCCGCCCCGAUGCAUCACGCCGUGCACCACGAGCACUGCCUGCGGUACUAGACGACGGCCGCUCCGGGGAGCGAAAGGAUCGAUCGGGGCGAAAUCGAAUCUCGAGAAACGAUCGAGUCCGCCGGACCUCCGUUUUGAUUGUUCUCGGAGACGAAGCUUCGUCACUUUAUCUUCUACUCGUUUCUGUGUUAAUAAAUUAUCGUUCGGUAGUCGAUUCCGACCACCUUCCGAUAUCGUUUCGGGGAAUCGCUCGAGAAGGGAGCCGCGGUGGCGCGAUCGAUAAAAGGAAAACCUUCGUUUCGAUCGAAUCACCGCGGCGAGAGUGAGUUGUUCGACAACUUCUGUACAAAUUGUUAUACGUCGUGAAAAGAAAUAUAUUACUAUGAUGAAAUUGUCGUUUCAUUUACAGAUAUAUUAUUGUUUCUUUUCAUAAUAUAGAAUUGUCAUAGAAUUUAAUAAAGUGACAAAUAUUAUUUAUAUUUUUUUCACUUUUAUAAUAACAUUUUUUUCACUUUUAUUAAGCGUAAUGUCGGUUCUAUUUUUGAAGCUUAUAUUAUAUAAUAAUAAUAAUAAUAAUAAAAUUGUUUAUUUGUCUUUUUUUAAAAACAUAAAAACAGCAAACCAUAUUACUUUAAAUGUUAUCUUAGAGGUACCUUCAAACAUUUCAAUAUAUACUGUUUAUUACAUAGAUAAUUAAGAUCCUGCAAUAAUGUGAAUUUAAAUAAGAUUCAAAACAUAUAUCAAAGACAAAACGGUCUAUGACUCAGUAGCCGCAGACAUGCUAGUCCACUGCUCCUGUUAUUCUGUCAUAGCCUUUUCCAAAAAAAAAAACAAAGCUAUAAAAUAAGAUGACAUGAUUCGCAACACACACAAAGACAACUGAGCCAUAUUCAAGGCAAGUACACAAAUCGGACUGAAUCAAUAUAUUAUUUACUUAAAAAUAAUAAACAUUAAUAGGGCAGAAGACCCACUUCAAGAUGUUCCAACCAACGCAUAGGUAAUGCGUUGGUUGGAACAUCUUGAAGUAUAAUGAUUUACUUUAUAAUAAACGAUUUUUUUUUUACAUUUUACUGUAAUAAAUCAAGUACAGAGCCACACAACAAUCCAAAAAUAGCCACAACCGGGACGUCCGCCCCACAAACGUUACAAAAUAACAUGAUAUCUAUAAAAUAUGACUAGGGAGACCUGAUGCCAGCGCCAGAGACUGCUCCUGCAUAAGCCAUCUACGAUAUUUUUUACGAAAAGUUGGUAAAGUCGAGUUCAAAUCCGCUCUAAUUGGUGGAGGUAUAUUAUUCCAAAUUUUAGCAGAGGCAUACUUAAAACAUCCCCUGGCGCAGGAAAGCCUAAUUGGUGGCAACAGGUAUAGAUGCCCCCUGUCUCUUAAUAAGGGGUUAGUAUACCUAACAGUAAGCUUAUUUAUUAGAUAUGAA